AAAAUUAAAAGGUAAUUUAACAAAUAAUUAAAACAUUAAAAAUAUAAAAAAUGAAUCCCACUAAAAAAACCCCAGCCCAAAAUCCUACUACAACCGCCAAUAAGGUCUCUACUCCCUAAUCAGCCCAAUAACCGUCCCAAAACAAGACAUUAUUAUAACAAUUUCAGAAAGUCCCUGACCCUAAAAGAAUGCCUAAAGAAAUAAGAGAUUAAUUUUUAAAAAGGCUUUAAUUCUGUUCUAAUUAAUACGACCUUAAUGAUGAUAAUAGGCAUUAAAAAGAAAAAAAAGAACGUCUUGGAUAUUUAUAGGAAUUAUGUGAACUCCUAAAUGAAUCUUAAUCAAUACCUGCUUUAUUCAUUCCACACUUAGAUUUAGUUAUUGAAAUGAUAGAAAAAAAUAUUUUCAGACCUCUUCCUGUAUUAAAGAAUAACGGAACUAUAUCAGAACCAGGAGCAGAAGAUGAUGAAGUGUUUGUAAAUCCAGAAUGGGUACACAUAGAGCCUAUAUUAGAUUUUUUUUUGCAAUUAAUAGUGAAUGAAUAAAUCGAUGUCAAAAUGUUGAAAGGAUUUGUAACUCAUUCUUUCGUUUAAGAUUAUUUAGAAUUAUUCCAUAGUGAAGAGCCUCGUGAAAGGGAAUAUUUAAAGAAUAUUUUACACAAAUUAUAUGCCAAAUUGGUGCCUAGACGUAAGCUAAUUAGAAGAGCUAUAAAUGAUAGUUUUUAUACUUUGAUUCAUGAAAAUUACAAAUUUGCGGGUGCUGCUGAACUCUUAGAUAUUCUUGCAGCUAUUAUUAGUGGGUUUGCAGUUCCUUUAAGAGAAGAGCAUGUGAUUUUCUUCAAAAAUGUCAUUGUCCCUCUCCAUAAAGUACAAACCUGUCUCCUUUACCACGAACAAUUAAUGAGAUGUUCAAUGCUUUUCCUUUCCAAAGACCCCUCUUUGGCCUUCCCACUUCUUGAAGGAAUUCUCAGAUACUGGCCAUUUGCAAACUCUACAAAAGAAACAGUAUUUUUAUAAGAAUUACUAGAAGUAAUCGAAGUAUGUGACUGUAAAAAACUCGAACCUUUAAUCCCUAAAUUAUUCAAAAGAAUAGUCAGAUGUAUCGCCGGUUCUCAUUUAUAAGUAGCUGAUAGGGCCAUGUGCUUUUUCGAAAAUGAAUUUUUCCUUAAUGUAGUGAGAACUUAUAAAAGCUACACUUUUAAUAUGUUAGUACCUGUUAUUGUACAUUUAGCAGAUAAUCACUGGCAUAGAAUUUUAAAGGACUCUUUUGUCGCUUUGAAAACUAUUUUAAGGGAAAUAGAUUACUAAUUUUAUGAAAAAGCGUUAAAUACAAAAAAUAGUCCUAGUUUAUUGCUAUUGAGUGAUAAUUCGAAGGAAAGGUAGAAAAAUGAAGAAAAAUGGAAAAAGUUUAUGUAGUAAGCUAAGUAGAAAAAUUAGAACUUUGUAGAACCUGUUAUUCCAUAUAUGGAUACUCAUAUUGUAUGUGAAAAUAAUGGAUUGAAUAAUAAACAUGUUUUGAGCUUGUGAUUGUUGUUUGUUUUGUUUUGUUUUGUUUUAGUUUAUGGUUAUAGUUUAUUAUUUGUUUUUUUUUUAAAUAUUAAUAUAAGUAAAUUGAUAUUUAAUAUAUUUUUUUUUUUUAAAUCCUAUUUAAAUAUAAAAUAUAAGC